CACUGCUGGUUUCCGAGAUAAAGUUCAAGAUCAUCUCGGGAGCUCGCGAGUACACCGGGGAAUACGCCACGGGUGAUAGAUGGCGUGUGCGGGUGUCGCGGCUACGAGAACGGCGGGAUAGAAUAAUUCGUUCAGAAUUCCGAGGCCUCAGGUGUUAACACGUACGAGUAUGACGGAUCCGAGCGGCGAUCCGGAAUCGACUGCGGGCACCGCUACGGGACAUGGAGGCGUCCGAUGGAAGUCUAGGAACACGGGCGGGAAGCUCGUGACGCUUCUCCGUCGAAAUGAAGAGAAACGACGUCAGGAAUAUAAGAGGGAGGAUUCGACGAGCGACACCAGGUCGACGGAGCGUAAAUUCAGAGGUUCGUCAAACAGCAAGCUGUCGUUCUUCAAUUUCGUGUGUAACGUUAAGAAGCAUCUACUGCUGAAAAAUCUGUGCAAGUCCAAGAAGAAGGGCAAAGAGAUAGACAUUACAGCUCCUUGCUCUGGUAUAAUACAAAAUAACGUUAUACCUGUUAUUAAGUCUUGCAAUUCUUGCCAAAAACAAGAACUUUCAAAUAAUGAGCAGACUUCAUCUGACAUACAGCUUUUGCACGACAUUAGACUGGGCAAUGUACUUGAAAAUCUCUGCCAUGGUAUUGAAGAGAAUGUAGAUAACACACAAUGUAUUGUGACUGAUAUAAAUCUUCAUAUAGUUCCUAGAAGACAGCAAAAUAAAUCAAUAAAUGAUAUCGCAACCAUCAGUGCAGAUUCAGCAGAGAAUCAACCCAUCUAUUCUGAUGCAACAGUGGCAGUUUCUAGUGCAAUGGCAGAACUUCCUGGCAAUAUGAACGAAACAUUAAAUGAACAUAAAGUCAAAGCGAGUCUCGCAAAGGAGUUGCUCAAUCUAAGUAAAUAUGGAUGGUAUUGGGGUCCCAUAUCAGGAGACGAAGCUGAUGCCAAACUCAUAUCUGAACCAGAUGGUGCAUUUCUAGUUCGGGAUUCAUCAGACGAUAGGUACGUCCUGACACUCAGUUUUAAAUCAUCUGGUAAGAUGCUGCAUGCACGUAUGGAACACAGUGGUGGCCUAUUUUCUUUGUGUAAUCAAUGCACUGAAAACGAAGGUUUCACCUCGGUAGCUGCCUUAAUAAAUCAUGCCAUGAACUUCAGCCAGUCUUCUGUAAUUUGUUAUUCAAGACCAAAAUAUCCAGGAUAUCCGUCGUUUCCAGUCAGAUUAACAAAACCGGUGAGCAGAUUCACGCAAGUAAGAAGUCUGCAAUAUCUUUGUCGUUUUGUCAUUCGUCAAUAUACUAGAUUAGAUAAUAUACACAAGUUGCCUUUGCCAAAAACUAUCAAGGGAUAUAUCCAAGAAGCGCAUUAUUAAAAUCUAACAGAUAAAAAAUGUUGAGAGAUUAAUAAUUAUUUUUAUCAAAUAAGAUAUAGGUUAAUGAAGAAAGAAUGAUAUAGAAUAGAUUUUUAUGAUGGAAUGACAGCAAAAGUAAUUUAAAUAAAAUAUUUUUUUUCUCAAAUCGUGAACAUAUAUCAUAAUCUCAAAAUCAAUGAAUCUAAAAGCAGAUGAAAACUUGUAAAUUAUUGAAAAAUUAACAUUUUAUUUUGAUUAAAUCAAAAGAGAAUGUUUUACAAGUUACAUAAUUCAGGGAUUUGCAAUAAAAUUUAUAAGUUACUAAAUUAUUAUAAGUAGAAAUUUAGAUUUUUUCUGCUAUUUUAUAAUAGUAGAAUAUAAAGAAUAACAAAAAUUUAUAUAAAGAUAAUUCCUCCAAAUGGUUAUACUUAAUUAUGACAAUAUGCAGGGUAAAUGAAAAA